GUUCACGCUGGCCAUACACAUCCCAUCCCCAUCGAUUCGAUCUGCAUGCGUCUGCGUCUACAUAUUCUUUUUCGCGGGUGAGUCCAUGUCCAUCAGCUAGCUAGCAGACCUGUCUGACUUGCCCAUCAUAAUAUAAUUAUUAAGGUCGUCUUGAGCUGUCGCCGUGGAUCAUCAACUCGUCCAGCUCGAGAACUCUAGUGUGACUGGCGCCGGCGUAGUGAAUAUACACACGUGAACCCAGCCCAUUUCCCACUGCCGAGAGAAAUGCAGUCGAGCUCCAGCCCAUGCAAGCAAGCACCAAACCAAAGCAGCGCGCCGGAGGGGAGUCGGGUCCAUGGACCUGGCCGCGAAACGGGGCUGGCUUCCGCCGCUCCGUGCGGAUCGACGGGCCCCGUGCUGGAGGCAGGGAGCGGAGCGCCGGAGGAGCCACGGUGCUUCAAGCCAGGGUCUCAAUCGACCUCGGAAUCCAGUCCCCGCCGCUCGACAUCGACGGAGACGAGGACAGAAUCAGCGCGCUCCCGGACGACGUCCUCCUAGCAAUCCUAGAGCGCCUCGACAUGUGCGAGGCGUUCCGCGCCAGCGCAUUCUCCAGGCGGUGGCGGAACCUCCCCCGCCGGCUCUCGCUCCUGCACCUCGACGUCCGCCAGUUCGGCCGAGACACUUCGACGGUCGACCUCGGGGCAAUGCCUCCGGCGGUCGAGACCAUGCUGGCGUUCACGGGACUGAUGUCUUCGGCUGUCGAGGCCAUGCAGGCUGUCGAGGCCAUGCAGGCGUUCACGGGAGCGCUGCUCAGAUCACUGUCUGCGUCUCCUCCUCCGGUGACCCUCAGCCUCUGCUUCUUCCCUGUGACGAACCUGACCUCCAUAGGCCGCGCCGUCGAGGACGUUAUCACCCGCGGCGAGACUAAGUAUCUUGAAUUUCACAUCCGCACGCCAUACGGUCAUGGUCGGCUGGCGAGGCACGAGUUCAUGUCCUUCUCCCGUGCCUGCCCAGUUGCCUUCCGGUGGCUCACGAUGCUUACAUUCGACAAUAUUGCGUUUGAUGAUUCCGACAUCCCCGACCUCAUUAGCGCUUGCGAUAGGCUCAGACACCUCACUCUGAGCUCCUGCAGACUGGUUGAAUUUUACUCUCCGCUCGAGAUCCACACGCCAUGCUCCAGACUCCAAAAGCUCUUCUUCAUAGACUUUGAUUGCAGAUGGAUCGCGUUGAUGACUUUACCCAGACUUACAGAACUGCGGUGUGUUGGAAAUAACCACGAUGUGUGUGUCCAACUGAUCGUGGUUAUUUCCAACACGGUGCCAAUCUUGGCGCUCCGAAAACCCUCGGCCGGUGCGGUUCGGCCAGGUUCCGGAGCUUCGCCGUGUGUCCCUCAUUUCUCGUGCGACGCCCUGUCAUGCGCCACUCGCACUCGGAUUUGGAUUCAGAUGGAACGUCCGAAGCAGCUCACUGCUAAAUUCAGAAACCUGACCAAUGUGGAGCUUUUUGGUAUCUUUCCUAAGUAUGAUCUGAGCUGGACCAUAUUUUUCCUUGAAGCUGCACCUGCCCUGCAAAAUUUCAGAUUGUCUCGAGAAGGGCAUUUGUGUACCGACUAUGCCAUCAAGACCAAUGUGGUGUGGAAGCCAUCCAAGAACUUUAAGCACCUGAACUUGAAGUUGCUCCGGAUGUCCGGGUUCGAGGACGAAGACAAGGUGACAAAUUACAUAAGGCUAGUCAUGAAGCGAACUGUGUGGUUGAAGAGAAUCGAGCUGCAUGGUGAAAACCCAUGCAAUAAAUGCGAUGCCAUUGACCCGACGUCGAGGAGACCCCACGUGGAUGAAGCUCGCAGGCGUCGGAUUAAGGAGAAACUCACACAUAAGUCAUCCUCAUCCGUGGAGAUAAUAAUAUGUUGAUGGAUCUGGUCAAGGAAUGUAGCUGCCGGAGUGAAAAACUAAAGAUUGUGUAUGACUACUAGGUACUGAUAACCUGACAAUGCGUGAUUGCUGAGAA